UUAUGCGUAGUAGAUGAAUGUGUGUGUGUGAUGACAUCUGAAAAGUAGUCAUAACAAAACUGGUUUUGUACGUCCAAGGCCAUUGCGUUAAUUUUUUUGAAAAAGUUUACUUCAUUCGGUGAUUGUUUUUUUAUAUUGAAAGUUUUAAAACGAAUUAAAAAAUGGACGUUAACAAGCUGGAGGAAGAGGAAUUAUUGUACGAGUUAAAGACCCGAGGAAUAGCGGCAAUGACCGACGUUUGUGAAAUGAGAAAUGUGCUGAGAGGAUUGUUGAGAAUCGAAAUGGAAGGUAAAGCGAUGUUGACUUCAAACGGCGGCACAACGGUCGAUGUGAAGAACGAAAUAAAAGUUUGCGUAAAGAAGUUACAACUUAUCAAUGCAAUGAUCGAUAACAUACAAGGAGAUAGGUUUAGCGAGCAGUACAGAAUGGUGGACGCAAAGCUGUGUCACUUGAUGAAUCGUGUCGAUAACUUACAAGCUCACGAAGAUCUAGAUAAGAAAGAGAGAUCGAAUUUAUUAAAAGGUAUAUUAUUCUUAAUGAAAAAAAUGGAGGCAAUGGCAUCCAACAGUACUUCUAUAGUAGAAACAAAACCAAAUGACUUACCAGGUACGUCCGGAGAAAUAGUUUUGUACGAAUCGACUACUACAAACAUGAAUUCAACGUACGAGGGAUCUGUUUCUAGUGCUUCAGAUGAAGAAUUUGGCACAGAAUAUUUUGUGCAACAAGGCGUAGCAAUAAAGAGUCUAAGUAAAUUGCACAAAGGAUCGAAAAGUCAUAGAAAUGCCGAAACGCAUUAUACUGGAAUAUUAAAAAUCAUGAAAUAUAGAACGGAUAAGUUCAUAGAGUGGAAACCGACAGAGAUGUCUAUAGUGCCUGAUGCCGAUGAGUGGAAUAUAGUAGAUACAGGCUUCAAACAAUCUGGAAAAAAUUUAAAUGAUCGUAACAUAGAUAUAAAGGUUAACUUGGCUACAUUAAAGAGUUAUAAACUAAAAAAACACAAGAGACAUCAAAUAUCUAUUCUGCAAACAAAUGGAUCUCUUGUAACAUUUCUAUUUGAAAGUUCUCCGAUAAACGAUUUUAUCACUGCUCUGAAAACACUUUUGUAUACCGAAAAAGAAAUACGUCACCACAGACCGACGGGCGUUAUAUUGGUAUUGGGAGAAAGGCAGGAUUCAGAUCCAUUGUGCCAGUCGAUUAAAGAGUUGAAAAUUUUCCCUGAUCAACCUCCGACAAGUACGGUUUGGAGUUUCAUUAGUGGAUUUCAGAAUAAUCCCGUUGAAAAAACAUAUGAAACAUUUGCUAAAAUCAGUGACGUCCUCUUAACUCGUACACCGGACACUCGACCCGAUCAAGAGGUAGCUGAGCUAUUGAAUCGAGCUGAAGAAGACGAUGAAUAUACAAUGUUGGAACAUCCAACAUCGGUGUUGCCACCCCGACCUACAAUUAAACCACGGGGAACUCCUUUGGAUUUAACAACAUUUAAACAAUCGAUGGACGAUGAGGGUCGCAUUAUUAAUCCUGAAGAAAUUAAAAACAUUAUUUUUCACGGUGGCAUAGACAAUUCGAUCAGGCGAGAAGUAUGGAAAUUUUUACUUGCAUAUUAUCCUUGGAAUUCUACCUGGGAAGAACGUAAAGAAAUUGACGUACUAAAGAAAAAUGAAUACGAGAGAAUGAAAAUUCAAUGGACGAAUAUGUCUUCCGAUCAAAUGUCAAGGUUUAACAUGUAUAGAGAUCGAAAAAGCCUCAUCGACAAAGACGUAUACCGAACUGAUCGUAACCUUGAAUUCUAUGCCGGUGACGGAAACAAAAAUUUAGUUAGAUUACACAACGUAUUAAUGACUUAUGUAAUGUACAACUUUGAUCUUGGGUACGUCCAAGGCAUGAGCGAUCUUUUAUCUCCAAUUUUAGUUAUAAUGGACAGCGAAGAAGUUGAAUCAUUUUGGUGUUUUGUCGGUUUCAUGAAUAAAGUUAAUACAAACUUUGAAUUGAAACAAACCGGAAUGAAAAAACAACUAAACGAUCUGCACUAUUUAUUAUCGACCGUGUCGCCCGACUUGGAAGUCCAUUUGAAGAAAAUGGAUUCCAGCAAUAUGUAUUUCUGUUUUAGAUGGCUUUUAGUUUUGUUUAAAAGGGAAUUUGUUUACUCGGACAUUAUGCGACUGUGGGAAGUACUAUGGACCGAUUUGCCGUGUUCCAAUUUUCAUUUGCUCAUUUGUGUCGCUAUUUUGGAUAACGAGAAAGAAACGAUCAUCAAUGAAAACUACGGGCUUACCGAAAUUCUUAAGCAUGUAAACAAUCUGUCCGAAAGAAUAGAUUUGGAAAGAGCUUUGACUACAGCUUACUGCAUCUACGAACAACUGAAAGAAGCCAAUACAUCGUUAUCAGACUCUGUUACUGAAUUACUAGGGUUUCGUAUUAGCACGUCCGAGGAAGACGAAUCCAGAGAGCGUGAUUACGAACAGGCUAUUACAAUGAAUUACGUUUAAUUGGAUAAGAGUUAAUCUCGAUAGUAAAAUGCUGCUGUGAUCAAAAUAUUUUACUUCUUUUUCAUAGAAUCGAUGAAGAAUAUGUACUAAGUAAAACUGGUUAUAAGUAAAUCUGUUUAAUAUUAAAAAUUAAUGUAGUAACUUAAGCACUGUAAAAUGUGAUACACAAAUAUUAAAUCACAUCUCUUCAAUACGUACUAUCCGUCACAGACUGUGAUUCGCAGUUACAAUGAUUAGGAGUGGUGUAACUAAGAUAUGUUAAUAGGUUUUUUGUUGGAAUGGAUUUAAAUUGCAUAAAAAGUUUAUUAUUUUAAAACAAACUGUUUUCGUAAUGCAAUUAUAAAAAAAAAAUUUUAAAUGUAUACUUUUAUUAUUAAGCUGUUAAAAUAAAUGUAAUUUGAUAUUAUACUCUCAACAAUCUGCUGUUGAAAAUAAUUUGUCUUAUCUUCUGAGGUAGUCGUAGUAUUGUUUUGUAUUCCUAUUAUAAUGUGUGUUUAUUUGUAUGUUUGUUUUGUAUGGCAUAUUGAUGUCCUUAUGUUAAUAACAACUUAGGGAUUUUAUUGCGA